GUCACUCCCAAACUUUUCCUCCCUGCGCUCGGGGAGUCAGGUUGACGUGCCCUGGAUGCUGGGCUCCAAGCGCGGGGCUGGGCGCGCUCCCGCGGAGCCGGAGCCGCAGAGGCUCCCGGGCUGGACUCGGGCUUCUCAGGUAAUCUGCCAGUUUUGCAAUUUUGCUCCCAAUGAAGAGGAAGCAUUUCAAGGCACUUGGGAUGGAAAAGAAGAAAUGCUCAGGGUCGUCUCCAUGGAUGGCGUGCCAGUCCAUCCACCAAUGAGACGACGAUGAUAGCACCCAGCCUUUGGUGUGUUUCCCUGAUCUCCAGUGACAAUUCUUCCACUUUACUUCAGGCCAUGGGAAAAACCUGAAGGGCAGGCAGAAUCGCCCCUGAACUUGUGACCUUCCCUUGAUGACAGCGGCUCUCGUAGACGUGACAUUUGGAGAGCACAUCCUUUUGUUAUCUUUUGGAGCCGCACCAAAGUGCUUUGGCUUCUGCUGAGUUUUGUGUUUGUUCUGUUGCUUGUGCCUUCCGACAGUUUAGGUAAUCACAAGCUGUGCUUAAAAUUUCCUAGCACACUUUGCAUGUAUCUGGACCCCUGGGGGCUCGCCCAUGGCCCAUUAAGCCCACAAAGGGCAGUAACAUGAGGCACUGCGUUAACUGCUGCACAGAGUUGUUACCCGACAACACACACACACCGCAGGUCGACUGCCCAGGAAGUCCCCGGCGCAGUCACCAGGCGUGCCCUGCGUGCAAAGGAGAAAACAAAAUUCUGUUUCGCGUGGACAGUAAGCAGAUGAACUUGCUGGCCAUUCUCGAAGUGAGGACAGAAGGGAACGAGAGCUGGGGUGGGUUUCUGCGCUUCAAGAAAGGGAAACGAUGUAGUCUCGUUUUUGGACUGAUAAUAAUGACCUUGGUGAUGGCCUCUUACAUCCUUUCUGGGGCCCACCAAGAGCUCCUCAUCCCAUCGUCUUUCCAUUACGGAGGCUUCCCCAGUAAUCCCAGCUUCAUGGACGGUGAAAACCCAAGUGACAUGAAAGAGCAUCAUCACCAGCCCUCGGCAAAUAAUAUUUCAUAUGUGAAGGAUUAUCCAAGCAUCAAAUUAAUUAUCAACAGCAUUACAGCCAAGAUAGAGUUCACCCCCAGACAGCUCCCAGAUUUAGAAGAUCUCAAGAAGCAGGAGUUGCAUAUGUUCUCAGUAAUCCCCAAGAAAUUUCUUCCAAAUAGCAAGAGCCCCUGCUGGUAUGAGGAGUUCACGGGGAGGAACACCACCGACCCCUACCUCACCAACUCCUACGCGCUCUAUUCCAAGCGCUUCCGCUCCACCUUCGACGUGCUGCGCAAGGCCUUCUGGGGCCACCUGUCGCACGCCCACGGGAAGCACCUGCGCCUGCGCUGCCUGCCGCACUUCUACAUCAUCGGGCAGCCCAAGUGCGGCACCACCGACCUCUACGACCGCCUCCGGCUGCACCCGGAAGUGAAGUUCUCCGCCAUCAAGGAGCCGCACUGGUGGACCCGGAAGCGGUUCGGAAUCGUCCGCCUGCGAGAUGGGCUCCGGGACCGCUACCCCGUGGAGGAUUACCUGGACCUUUUCGACUUGGCCGCCCACCAGAUUCAUCAAGGACUGCAGGCCAGCUCCCGGAAGGAGCAGAGCAAGAUGAAUACAAUCAUUACUGGGGAGGCCAGCGCCUCCACGAUGUGGGAUAACAACGCCUGGGCCUUCUUCUAUGACAACAGCACAGAUGGGGAGCCCCCGUUCCUGAUCCAGGACUUCAUCCACGCCUUCCAGCCUAAUGCAAAACUCAUCGUCAUGCUCAGGGACCCGGUGGAGAGGUUGUACUCAGACUAUCUCUACUUUGCAAGUUCGAAUAAAUCUGCCGAUGACUUCCAUGACAAAGUGACGGAGGCCCUGCAGCUGUUUGAGAACUGCAUGCUCGACUACUCGCUGCGCGCCUGUGUCUACAACACCUCCCUUAACAACGCCAUGCCUGUGAGGCUGCAGGUGGGGCUCUAUGCCGUGUACCUGCUGGACUGGCUGACCGUCUUUAACAAAGAGCAGUUCCUUAUCCUUCGCCUGGAGGACCACGCAUCCAGCGUCAAGUCAACCAUGCACAGGGUCUUCCAGUUCCUGAGCCUGGGGCCCUUAAGUGAGAGGCAAGAAGCCCUGAUGACCAAGAGCCCCGCAUCGAACACGCGGCGUCCUGAGGACCGGAACCUGGGACCCAUGUGGCCCGUCACGCAGAGGGUCCUGCAGGACUUCUACGGCCCUUUCAAUGCCAGGCUGGCACAGGUUCUUGCCGACGAAGCAUUCGCGUGGAAAAAGACUUGAGGCCCGAGUUCCUGCCUCCAGCCCUGCACCGGACGCUUUUUUUGUUCCUAUUAUUCUGCCAUCAUUUUUUCUGGGGGACCGUGGGAUUCAUGGUGUGGAGAAAACUCCAGGAUUCGGGUCACUCUCCCUCCCAAAGCACACAGGAUUUCCUUAUAACCCAUCUCAGAGUUUCCUUUGUGAUGUUAAAGAGCCGAGUAAUUGACUCCUCACUCCUCAGAGCGUCUGUCUGAGGCCACAGGAAUUGCCAAUUCUGCAGUAAUUCAGUUCUGUUCCACAGGAAUGCAUGGGGCUCCUGGGAUGAGGCCAUCCAGCACCCUGCUGGGGGCGGAGGGGAAGCAUCUAGAAGGCAGUGGCCCUGCCUGCCGGCGCGCGAGAACCUGAGUCUGAGCUUCUGCAAUUCCAGGAUCCAAUUAAACAGCUAGAGGUCAUGCCAGGGGCUUGCCAGAACUCAUACUUCACAUUCAGUUUUGAAACACAUCUUUGUUCAGUUCACUUAGACUCAUUUGGGUGGAGGAUGGAGACUCUUUCAUUUUUUUUCCCUUUUACUCUAGAGCUAGCUCUUCUUCAGUCUCUUCAAAUACAAACCCUGUGAACUUCACUAUUUAUGAAAGGAAAGAAAAGCAAGUCAAGUUUCGGUCGUGCGCCCCUCCCAUUCUGUGCUUGUAACCGUUGCCCUUAUGUGUUUAACUUGGAAGAGAAUGCAUUUAAAACCAACCACUUUCUGCAUUUAACUACCUUUAAUUAGUCUCUAGAUGUUUUCUUGAAGUUCCAUUUAUAAUCAGAAGAGAAAUUUUUGCCGUUUAAUGCCAGAAAGAGAAAUUUCAAGGAAUUGAACACUUACUGAAAAAUCUGGGUAACUCAAGCCCUCAUCAGGUGGAUGAGAGAGAACUGGAUGAUUGUAAACGUUUUAGUUCUGGAUGGCUCCAAGCUCCAUUUCUCUGCCUUCCCCUUGGAAUGAGUUUAUUAUCCACAGUCUCCACCAUUAUGUGGCCAAACCUCUUUAGUCAGUUAUUGAACAAUAGCAUUCUUGUAUCUUGAUUCAGAGACACGAUGCAUGAACUUGGGUUGAACGUAUUGUGUUUGGAUUUGGAAGGCACUUGGUAAGAGCUGAGUCUUAAAUGGGAUGUUCCAGAACUUUCUGGGCUGCUUGGCAGCUUGGUUUACCGAAGGAUGUGCUGAAGAUCUUGUCUUUCCUUGGACAUGAUGGGGACAACAGAAGCAAACACUUGUGCCCACUUGACAAACUGCCCCAGGUGGGGGGACCCAGCGAAGCUGUGCACUCAAGUGACAUCACGGGAAGCCUUCUGUGAACCAAAGCUCUCGGGUCAAGGCCAUGUGCACCAGAGUCAGAAAGGACAAAUGUGUGGCAUGUGUGAGACAAAGACUGGGACUUGCAAUGCCGUGAGGAUUUGCACUUCAUUGGCUGUCCAGGCAUAGUGCCCUUGUCUCUCCACCAUCAGAGGUGAGACGUGCAGCCCAUUUGAAGGCAUGCGGAGGGUUGUCUGCCCUGGCAUGUCUGGGCUCUUCCUGCUACUGAAGGAGCAGUGUGUCCUGAUCACCCACUUUCGGGGACAACCCCCCCCCCCCUUGCAGCUGGCCUCGGAGCAGCAGCCAGCAGGGAAGCCUGGCUGGAGCACAAGGGUGCUUUGGGGAGGUAUCACAUCAGCGUGUGUGUAUUUAUUUGCAGCGUGGGGUGUGUGUGCAUGUGUAUGCACAUGUGGGCACAUUUUCUGAGUGGGUUCCCUUGGGUUGUGUUGCUGACGAGCCUCCUCCACUCUGGGUGCAACACUUUCACAGAUUAAUUUCUCUGCCAAUUCAUUUGUCAUCCUAAGUACACAUUUUACUCUUCCACACCUAAUAUAAUUACAACAAGGGAUUUUUCUUAUGCACUGCUAUGCAUGUGAAUAACAUGUAUUGUAAUUCUACUUCUUACAGAAGUAUUACUGAAUUGUAUUAUUUCCAAUAUUAUUUGGUUUAUUAUACAAAUCUUUUUUAUAUACACAGGCCAGACCCUUCUGUGCCAAUCAGUGCCAUCCAGACAUGGUUUCUCUCCAAGGGCCUUCCCCACAGGGUACCCCUGCUGCGUGGCAGUGUCUCCUGGGAGGCCCGGUCCUCACUGGCAGCACAGAUUCCAUUUUGGGCAGUGAUUUCGAGCCUGUCAUCCCAAACCAAAGCGAAACAGAGCAUUUCUUACAACCUGGAAGUGACUUUGGGUUCUCAAAAGCUGUGUUUUGAUUGUGUUAAAUUGUCCUCCCUUCGUCGUGUAAAGUAUGUUAAGCGAAUCACAGUUAUACUGAACUUUUAUUAAUAUUUAACAUAAUAAAAUAUGGAGCCUAUGACUGCUUCUCCUCUCCAACAGAA